CAAAGCUUUGAUGGAAUUAGCCAGUUUGGUUGGACGCUCCAAAUUUUCUUCCUCUUUCUCAUUCCCCAUUAAAAAGGAAAAAAAAAAUCUAAAAAGCCUUAUUCUUUUUUUAAUUUAUCUUUGCUUCUUCAUUUGUUUCUCGUUUAUCUGAUCUGGGGUUUUCAGAAUUUUUCAAUUUUCUCUCCCACUUGAUGGAACCCAGAUGUGGAUUUGUCGCUUUCUUCUUCUUCUUCUUCUUCUUCAUCUUCUUCUUUGCUUCAGUUUUUCCCAGUGCAGAGUCCAAGUGCAGCAAGGGCUGUGAUUUAGCUCUAGCUUCUUACUACGUCUGGCCAGGUUCUAAUCUCUCAUUAAUCGCACAACUUAUGCGAUCGCAGCUUGUGACAGAUGAAAACGUCAUCGUCAGCUACAACAAAGACCAAACAAUCAGCAGAGAUUAUGUCCAAUCCACUACAAGAAUCAAUAUUCCAUUCCCAUGUGAUUGUCUUGAUGGUGAAUUUCUGGGUCAUAUGUUUCAGUACGGGAUUAACCAAGGGGAUAACUACACGGAAGUUGCUGAGACGUAUUAUUCAAAUUUGACCACAGUUGAUAUGUUGCGGAAGUUCAAUGGCAACACUAUGCCUGAAAAUGGAACACUUAAUGUUGCCGUUAACUGUUCUUGUGGUAACAGAGAAGUUUCAACUCUCUAUGGAUUGUUCAUCACUUGGCCACUUAGGCCUGAGGAUACUUUGGAGUCAAUUGCCAAUAAUGAGAAACUUGAUGCUGCGUUGCUACAGAGCUAUAAUCCGGGCGUGAAUUUCAGCCAAGGGAGUGGAUUGGUUUAUAUACCAGGCAAAGAUCAAAAUGGAAUCUACGUUCCAAUGGAGUCUAGUUCCGGAUCAGGUCUAUCUGGUGGGGUUAUUGGUGGAAUAUGUAUUGGAGUAGUAGCUGGGCUUCUGCUGCUGGCAGUUUCUAUGUAUUUUGUACAUUUCCAAAAGAAGAAAGACGACACGGAACCACUCUCUCAAGAUUUCCAAGAGUUCUCUGUUCAAGAAGGGAAGGGAUAUGGUGGUCCUACUGGCAUCACAGUAGACAAAUCAGUGGAGUUUUCAUAUGAAGAACUAGCUGCUGCCACAGAUAACUUCAGUAUGGCUAAAAAAAUUGGUCAAGGAGGCUUUGGUGCUGUCUAUUAUGCAGAGCUGAGAGGCGAGAAAGCCGCAAUCAAGAAGAUGGAUAUGCAAGCAACGAGAGAAUUUCUAGCCGAAUUGAAAGUCCUUACAAACGUUCAUCACCUUAACCUGGUGCGCUUAAUUGGAUAUUGCACUGAGCGCUCUCUUUUCCUUGUUUAUGAAUACAUUGAUAAUGGAAACUUAAGUGAACAUCUGCGCGACUCAGGAAGAGAUCCGCUGCCAUGGUCUAUCCGUGUUCAAAUUGCAUUGGAUUCUGCCAGAGGUCUUGAAUAUAUUCAUGAGCAUACAGUUCCUGUGUAUAUCCACCGUGACAUAAAGUCAGCAAAUAUAUUGAUAGAUAAUAAAUUCCAUGGGAAGGUUGCAGAUUUUGGAUUAACUAAACUGACUGAAGUGGGGAAUGCGUCACUUCCAACCGGUCAUCUUGUGGGAACUUUCGGAUACAUGCCUCCAGAAUACGCUCAGUAUGGUGAUGUCUCUCCUAAGGUAGAUGUCUACGCUUUUGGAGUUGUUCUUUUUGAACUUAUUUCUGCCAAGGAAGCCAUUGUCAGGACAACUCAAUCUGAUGCUGACUCAAAGGCCCUUGUAACAAUGUUUCAUGAAGUUCUUGAGCAGCCUGACCCUACGGAAGAUCUUUGCAAAUUGGUUGACCCAAGGCUGGGGAAUGACUACCCUAUUGACUCAGUUUUGAAAAUGGCUCAACUUGCAAGAGCAUGCACGCUAGAGUAUCCCCAACUGCGUCCAACUAUGAGAUCUAUUGUAGUUGCUCUCAUGACACUUUAUUCUUCCACUACUAAUGAUUGGGAUGUCCAGGCCUUCUACAAUAAUCCGAAUCCCAUGAAUCUGAUGUCAGGAAGAUAGAAAUGUUGAUGCAAAUACUUUAAUCUUGCCUUCAAUCUGAGAAACUAUUGAAGCACAAGAUAUCUAUAAAUAGAAUUCUGGUAUUGAUCAUGUAAGUUUCAUUAUGCACAGCGCACAAUGACACAGAGGAUUGUGUUUGGAUUUGGAUCCCCUUAAUUGCUCAAUUAUACAAGAAAAGAGAAAGAUGGAAAUUAAGUGAGAUCGCCGUGUGGGACCCACAUUAAGAAGCACACCCUAACUCUGUCCCUAUUUUCCAUUUACUUGAACAAUUGAGCAGUUGAGGGGAUCUAAUACAAAUCAAGUUCUUCAUGACCAUUAUUAAGACUUUGUUUAGUUACACCUAGUGGAAGGCGUUCCCUUGCUUGUUGUACAAAAAUCUACUGGGGGCUCAAAGGAGCAGCGUAGGAGAGGCAUUAGGGUUAAGAAGAGCUAGGCCAAAGUGAUAUAUUUCUCAUUUCCUUUCUAGAAAAUAAUUUUCCUUAUACUAAACAUUGUCUAAGUCUCACCAUUUUCCCUGGUUUUUCCACUUUUUCCAUCCUUUUCAUUUGAAAUGAUGUUUGAGAUGGAUUGGUUGGCAUUUAUAUUUUGUAAAUUAUUACACGUGUAGCUAGUUUCCUUUCUCUAAGAUUAUAGGUUUUGAUAAUGGAUUGGUUGAUUAGUUGAUGUAUACUCUCUUUUAUUACUAUUUAAUGGUGUAUAUUUCUUCCUUA